AUGGCGGAUUCAGACAUAGUGUUGGUUGAUACUGCAUCACAACCAGGAAUCACGAUUCUUACCAUCAACCGUCCCCAUCGAAAGAAUGCAGUGGAUCCCUUGACCGCGAAAUGCCUCUACGAAGCCGUCCUCGCCUUCGAGGCGGAUGCUACACAGAAAGUGUGUAUCCUCACAGGCACCGCAACAUUUUGCGCGGGCGCAGAUCUUCAUAAAGUUGCACAGGAGAAGAAUAACACUCCGGGCGAGAAUCUGCAACCAGUCAACGGCCGCAACUUGGGUCCUAUGGGACCCUCCAGGCUGGUCAUUCAGAAACCGGUCAUUGCUGCGGUCGCUGGAUACGCCGUUGCAGGUGGCCUGGAGCUCAGUCUGCUGGCAGAUCUACGAGUCGUUGAAGAGGAUGCUGUCUUCGGCGUCUUCUGUCGGCGAUGGGGGGUGCCUCUCAUCGAUGGAGGCACCAUCCGGCUGCAAGCGAUUGUUGGACUAAGCCGGGCCCUUGACAUGAUCCUGACUGGUCGGCCAGUAGGGGCUGAAGAGGCUCUUGCCAUGGGACUUGCCAAUCGCGUGGUGCCCAAGGGCGAAUCAUUGAAGCAAGCUCUCGACCUGGCCCGGCAGCUCAUUGCAUUCCCCGAGCUUUGUCUCAAUACCGACCGUCGAUCUUGUUACUAUAGCGCUUACGAUGCCUCUUCUUUUCAGGAUGCCAUGUCCCAGGAAUUCCAGGCCGGAAGCAAGGUUAUUUCAGCAGAGGCGAUUGCAGGUGCAGCCAAGUUCAGCCGCGGAUCUGGUCGACACGGCAGUUUCAAAGAAUUCAGCAAGCUGUAG